GGCACGCUGUAAUUAGUCCGCGGCCUUUUGAAAUCUCAUUUGCCUCUGAAAUGCAUCAUUCAUACUAAGUGCCAGUCUAUGUGUGCUUUUGAAGGUCAGUGUAAUGCCAGUGCAGCUUUUCAGCAGAGCAGAGUUCAGGAGGGUAUUCUCUAUUAUCUCACAUCUGUUGCAACAUGUCGGAGUCAGCUGAAGCUGUAGCGGCUGAUGUGAGCAGCAAAAGAAGUGUUACCAUUGAAAUCACAAACGUCACCAACAACUACUGCCUCAUCAACCCCAGGGUGUAUCUCGAGAAUGGGGAGACAUACAACCCACCUCAGCCCACAGUGCGCCCUCUCAAGACGGAGGUCUGCACUUUCACCAAGUCCAGCGGCAAAGCGACCGGUAGCGUUGGUGUGCUGACUUACGACCUCUUCGAGCGGUCACAGAACGACUUCAUUGAGACUCUGGCCAUCAUGUUCUCAGUUCCCUGGGACUACCACCUGUACAAGAACUGGUUUGCGGUGGGCAUCUACAAAAAGGGCCGUAACUGCGAUAAGGAUUUGUACAAAGAAAUGUACUAUGAGAAAAAGCAGCAUGAGCAUGGGUUUGUCAGGGAGGAAGCCAAUGGCUCGGGAAUCAAUCACGUAGGCAACUACCUAGAUAUCAAGGCCACCAUGUGCCCCCUCGGCAAAGCCAUCAUGAAGGUGGAGGUGUGGGAUAAGCUUUUCACACCCAUGGGUCAGCAGUUUUGCUAGAGACCCCUCCUAACCACUAUUUCCGUCAUUUGUCCCGACGGCAGAAUUCAUCCCUCCAUCUCGAGCGUUUACCUGGCAGAUAGUCUAACACAGUCAACAUGCAUGACUUAACAGACGUAUCACUGCUGACAUGUGUCUGUAUACCUGGGUAUUACGUUUCCAUAAAUCUGCUUAAGAUCAGAGUUUAAUUUGUUUAUAAAUCCAGGCAGCAAUAUCCCCCUUUAUGGCUGACGCCUCUGUCUGUUUCAAUAGCAUCCGGUUUUGAAAUGGCAUCUUUAGAAAUGGAAAUCAAAGGCUGACUCACUGGAGGAUGAGGGCACAUAGCUUAAUAAAACACACGGUUGUCUGUAUUUACCUUGACACUGUAGUCUGAGGAAUAAAAUAAACCUUUUUUUUUGCUGAAGCUAUUUGUGUUUGAGUGCCUGUCGAUUGAGUUUAGAAGAGUGUUUUAAAAGAAAGAAAUAAUAAUAAAAUUUUUGAAUACAAAAUUGUGUUCU